GAAAAUGUUCCUAGUCUAUAGGCAAUAAUGGUAGCUAUAGAACUACGAACAGAGACAACAUAUCGGUAAAUAAAAAAUCAUGUGUCAUGAUUAGGUAUGUCAGUUCUUUCAGAUCUUCUGAGUUCUGUGAAAAAACGUUUCUUGAGCAAAUAUUGUUACGUUAUCAUCAAACAUGGAUAAGGGAAAAGAUAAACGGACAAGUCUAGAUUAUUCGUCGUCUAUGUUGAAUGCUCGUAAGGCUCUUCAGGACAGACAGAGUGAGACAAAUUACGAUGAGUAUCUGAUGGCUAUGAAACGGGUGCACCAUAGGCAUUCAGUUGUGAACGACGUGCCGGCUGAAAUAGAGACCCCGAGAGCACGACGAAGGAAGCAGAGCAUGCAGAAACAGGCUAUGCUGGACAGUAAAGAGACAAUGAGUUCAAUGACGGAGGCGGCUCGCAUGGGCAUCAUAGCUUCCAUGGUGCCUGACGAGAUCAUUUACAAGCAUUGCGACUAUUCGAUCAGAAGUUAUGAGACUGCUCUUAUGUUCUGUGAUGUUUCUGGUUUUACCGACCUUUGCGAGAAAUACACGACCUCGGGAAGCGGUGGGCCGUCACGGCUGACGAAAGUCCUGAACUCUUACAUCGGAGCCAUGGUCCAGGAGAUACUGACACACAAUGGAGACGUCUUGAAGUUUUCUGGUGAUGCGUUCCUGUCCAUGUGGAAGAAGACUGCCAAAUUGUCCAUGCAGGAUGUGGUACAUAGUGCCAUCGACUGUGGUCUCAUUAUACAGAAGAAUUACGGGAAUUUUACUACUGAUGUUGGUGUUGUUUUAAAGGUGAAAGUGGCAAUCUCAGCUGGUCUCUCGCAUUUCUCGAUCAUUGGAGACGAGAACUUGACUCAAUCGAGUUCAUCAUUCGUGAUCAUCGGCCAGCCCGUGUGGGACGUUAAGAUGGCGCAGUACAUGUCGAAGUCAGGAGAUGUGCUCACUGCUGCCAGCGCUUGGACCUAUGUUAACGAAGCUGAGUACUGGACACAGCCGUGUGGAGACGGAAGGCAUACUAAGGUUUUAGGAGUUGGUGCCUCUUGGAAGAGAGUGGAAAAAUUGCAAGAAAAUUUAGGAGAACGAAAAUUCUCCGAAACGUUUGCAAAACAACAUCGUGAGUCUACGUAUUCGACAGACUCUAUCGACUCGACGGCUCUCAUCAUGUACAAGGAGUUUUCUCUUCGGCCAGCUGUAAUCGCAGCAGUAAGAACUUCAUGGUACCCUGACCUUCGCCGGUUCAUGGCGAUACCAGUUCUGCGCGCGGUGGAGAAUGACGAACCAAUGGAAUUCCUCACCGAAGUCCGUCGCGUCAUCGUCGUCUUCCUCAAUAUUAUCACGAGGACUGUCACUCCUGAUGUACUCAUCGAACUCGUUGAUACCGUCUAUAAACGAGUGUCGAGCCUGACGUCUGAAUCCGGUGGAUUGGUGAACAAGGUGUCCAUGUUUGACAAGGAUAUGAUGAUCCUCAUAGUCUUCGGGUUGAGAGGACUCAGCCACGAAGACGAGGCGCAGCACGCAUUACUGUGCGCCUACCAGAUCAAAAACCAGAUUGUUGAUCCGAAUGUGAUCAAUGUGUCGAUUGGGAUUACUUCUGGCACAACGUAUUGUGGUGUGGUUGGCCAUAUUUUACGAAGAGAAUAUACUGUCAUCGGUCCUGCAGUCAACAAGGCGGCAAGACUAAUGAUGUCCUACCAAGAUAAAGUGACGUGUGACAAGGAGACCUUCCUGAGGAGUAAGAUCGAGCAGGAGUACUUCAAGCAACUCGAGUCGAAACCUUUGAAGGGCAUUGCCAAACCGGGACCCGUGUAUGAAUUUAAUUAUGCUGGAUGGCCAGAACGUCCACCUUGCAGUCGUCACCCAAUCUUAGGACGCAACGAUGAAAUGCGGGUCUUCAAGAGCACCCUCCAGAAUGCUAUGGAACAGCAGAACAGGAGCUUCACAAGAUACCGUGACCAUGUAUACGGUAUAGCCUUCACAGGAGAAUCGCAAAUCGGGAAGACGCGUAUGAUAGACGAAUGCCUAUUCGUAACACCAGACUUUAUAAGUAAACAAAAAAUAGUUCUACGUAGCGGUGACAAUGCGCCAUACCAUUUGUUCCGAACUUUCAUGGGGAAGCACUUUAGGAGGGGAAGGGGAGGCCGCAGAAAUUCGCAAGAAAAUAAAGAGAACAGAAUUAGACAGACUAUCUUAAUGGAGCACACGACUCCUCUCCAAGUUUACGGUAUCAACACGAUCUUCCAAUGCCAGUUUCCAUUGCCAGACAACUUUAGAUACUAUGGUGACAUCCUGUCCGAGUUUUCUGUAAAGAUCAUCGUUCAGGAUAUUUGCAGAAAGGUCCUGAUCCAAAUGUGCGUGGUAGCUGUCGAAGAAGCACAAUACAUAGACGAUGAGUCUUGGCGCUUGAUACUGAUGCUGUUGGAAAUUAAGAUCCUGUUCUUUGUAUUCUCCAUCGCUGAUGUCGAGACUAUGUCAGAUUUUGCAAAGUCAUGCUACGAAAACAAUAUGAUAAGGAAGGUUCCCCUGGCAGGCAUCGAUCGCACGUACCACGCUGCACUUGCAUGCCAGCUACUAGAUGUACAAGCCAUACCUGCUGAUUUAGAAAAGGUCAUCGAAAGUGCCAGCGGUGGGUCUCCUGGUUGGAUACAAAACUUCUUGAUAGCUUUAGUACAAAGAGGAGCUCUGGCUAUAGUCACGAUGACUCGUCAUGAUGUUCAAAAGAAGCCAGGGCUUGUGAUGCCUGCUUUGUCCCUAUUACAGAAGGUCGUUGACGUGGAAGAAGAGGAAAUGGCAAGAAGACAUAGCUUUCAGAGUAUUUACAGUUUGAUGAGCGUCAGUAUGGUGAGUAAGACGGAUAACCAACUUAGCGACCAGGACGGUGACCGCACGGUACAAGUGGCAGUGCUCGCUGACUCCUAUACCUUCGAGGAUAUGAAGGUCGAUAUGGCAAUGGAUGCAAUAAUAUUGAAAACCUACGAUUCCUUGACUCCGUUUGAGAAGAUGCUGUUAAAAUGUGGAUCUGUGCUCGGAGACGUCUUCUCCAGAAGAAUGCUUUUGAAUCUUCUACAAUGUGAUUCUCCAAGAAAAGUAGCGCAAGCAAUAGCGAAGUUAUUUAUAAUUCGUGUGCUGGAGUGUGAGGGAGGGGACUUCACUCACGAUACUUCCUUGGUCCUGGUGCACCCAGCGCCAGCGGUCCCUGACCCUAAGCCCCCAUACUGCGCCUGUUUGGGGACCCGGCAGCCUCCACACUGCCGUGAUCUACCGAUGUACGCGUUCUGCGGCUACAUGAAGUUCCGCCACUCCUUGUUCAGGACCACUACUUACGAAAUGUUGACUGAGACACAAAAGCAUGAAAUGCAUGCCCGCGCCCUACUCUACUUGGAGAGAUAUACAAGGAGAUGCACCAGCUGUGGAGCUGGUUGUUUCGCCAAACUCCUCGGCCUACGGUGCGAUGAUGGAUUAAUACAAGAAACAGAAGAACUGAAACGAACGCGUCUCCAAAUCAGUGCUCUAAGUGCAGAAGCCAAGAUCCCCGGAGAAGAAAAAACUAACUUUUACUUCAAUGACACUAGCAUGGACUAUCCGGUUAACAUGCCCGCCGAUCUCUCUAAUUUUGAGCUUUGGGAAACCGAAGGCAAUUGGAUGAGCCGUGUAUUGGAAAGUCAGUCCAGGCGACCGUCAAACCAGAUGUUAUCGAACAAGCGCGUUCGUUCGUUUUCUUCUAUGGAGAUAGAGAACUGCGAAUGUCUUUCCAUCCUACUAUGCGUUUACAGUCAAAUUUUAGACCACUGCCGAGGAGCUGGUGAAUUUCAGAAACUGUACGAAGCGUACUUGGAGUAUGCGGAUUUGUGCAUAAAUAUAAACACUAACAUACCACAAGCGGUUCGUUUGCUAUUUGAAGUCGAAAGUUUUAUCGAGACAGAAGACUUUUACCCACAGAAUUUGAAUAAGAAAUGGGUCAGAGAUUUUUGCAUGGCUAAUAUAUUUUCUCUGCGUGGAAUAUGUAUGCUGGAAUCUGGAGACCAUAGUGAGGCGAGGAAGCAGUUGCUGCAUGCCAUGAAAUUGUAUAGACAUCCUUUUCCAACUUCCAAACACAUGAGAAGACUGGGCAACAUGGGAGCGUCCUUCCACCAAGUGAUGGCACUUUAUAUCGCUCCGAACUUCUACAUCGAGAGAGAAAGCGGCAUUAUGGGCAGCUUCUAUGAAGAUAUCGCUUUUACUCUGUACAGACUUUACAGGCUAUUUACGGAAGCCAAGGAGCCGGCGAAUGCGACAUUGGCAGCUAAAUGGUGCCUGCACUACGCUUUACGUACAAACUCCAACUUUCGACUGCUUUGUGUUAGUUAUGCGAACAUGAUUGGAGAUUAUGGACAAAGGCAACAGUUCUCAAUGUGCGAAAAGCUGGAGAACCGAGCAAUGGAGAUAUGUCGUCGUAAACGUGGACAGUUGGAUGUGACUGAAGUACCAGCCGUCUCUUAUUUAUACACGAGCAUAUUCCUCUUCUAUGUGGACCACGGCAAAAAGAUAGAAAGCUUGGAAUUCGGUUUGUCAGUGAUGCACAUGCUAACCACUCGGACUGAGAUGAACACGCGAGAGUCUCUGGUGUUGUGCAUGCUGAAGUUGUUGCUGAGCGACUUGAAAAUAAACGAUAUGGUGUCUAUCAUGAGGGAGUUCUUCUAUUUGACUGAUCACUAUGAUUUAUGCUCUGAAACCUGGUACUAUUACUAUGCAAUAGUGAUCCUCCUCGAUACCGGUUACUGUGUGGAGUCGUACGGCACUUGUGAGAAGUUCUACAUGAAGAAAGGAGAUGCUUUACUGAGAUCGAAGACUCCAGAAGCCGCUUGGAACUUCUUUGUAUGCAUGUGGCUGGUAACGAUCAGAAUAGGUGCAUGGGAGAGAUCCAUACUAUGGGAAGAGAAGAUCAAGCAGCUACUGUCUAUGAAGCUGAAUAGACAUGAGUUCAACAUGAUGAUACUCAUCAGAUUGGUUGAGGGGCUCCUUAUUACGUUGGUGAGAGAGAUGGAUUACAGAAACAUAAAGAAGAUUAUAGUGUUGGAAAAAUACUUGAAGCCCUUGUUUCUUGACAUGGAGAAAGCAUGUGCGAAAUCUCCUAUGUAUCGAACAAGAUAUUGCCUAAUGUCGGCAUACUACGCCUACAUAAGGGGGAAGAAGCACAGAGCGUACAAUUACCUGAAUAAGGCUUACGACCUUUCCAAGCAAUACUCCAAUCUUGUCCUCAUCUGUUGGGUGGAACAUACACGCAAUCACUGGAAAGGCACCCUGAACCCCAAGUACAUAGAUUACUGGUCGGAACACGUGGAACCGAACAAUUUGCUGGACUUCAGAGAUUUCGAUCCGCAAAAUAAUACAAUUAUACCAUACACUCUACCUUUACCGACUGAUUUAGAUAAAUAAGCCCCUGUUUAAUUUUUAAUUAUUCUCAUGGCAACACUUUAUUUUUAAAGAAGGAUUAUUUAAGUUCAUAUUGUUUAUGGUACUUUUUUAAAUAAAGAAUAUUAGAAAAUAA